UUAUCUGGGCCUGGCAGCUCAAAGCAGGCAGCAGCCUUAUCUGGGCCAGGAGUUCAGAUACUUUGGAAACUACAAAUUUCCUGGUUGUUUUCUUCGGCGCAGGCUGUGCAAAGGGGAAAUUCCAGAAGCCAGGCUUACCUCUGACCUAGAACAUUUGCGCCCUGGUUCCCCUCCUCGCCCGCUGGUCCGCCUGGCAUGGGUGAUGGUCGAGCGGCCGAAGGGCAAGCGAGUCUGAAGCGGACGGAUGCGGAGGCCGGAUUCCACGCCUUGCCCGAGGGCAUCCAAGAGCGGAGGAACGUGGUCCACUCCUUGAUGUCCGGAGCGCUGGCCGGAGCCGUGGCCAAAACCGCCGUGGCCCCCUUGGACCGGACAAAAAUCAUCUUCCAAGUGUCGUCGAACCGUUUUUCCGCAAAGGAGGCCUACCGGCUGGUCUACCGCACCUACCUCCAUGAGGGCUUCUUCAGCCUCUGGCGCGGCAACUCGGCCACCAUGGUGCGGGUCAUCCCCUACGCCGCCAUCCAGUUCUGCGCCCACGAGGAGUACAAGCAGCUCCUGGGCAGCUACUACGGCUUCCAGGGAAAGGUUUUGACCCCGCUGCCGCGAUUCAUUGCUGGUUCGCUGGCGGGGACCACGGCGGCCAUGUUGACGUACCCCUUGGACCUGGUGCGGGCGCGGAUGGCGGUGACCCCCAAAGAAAUGUACAGCAACAUUGUUCACGUCUUCAUCCGGAUCUCGCGGGAGGAGGGUCUGAAGACCCUCUACCGGGGCUUUGCCCCCACCAUCCUGGGGGUCAUCCCGUACGCCGGGCUGAGCUUCUUCACCUACGAGACCCUCAAGAAGUUGCACGCAGAUCACAGCGGACGCUCGCAGCCGUACCCCCUGGAGCGCCUGGCCUUUGGUGCCUGUGCCGGCCUGAUUGGCCAGUCGGCCUCCUACCCGCUGGACGUGGUGCGCCGGCGGAUGCAGACGGCCGGCGUGAUGGGCUUCUCCUACAGCUCCAUCCUGGGCACCAUGGCCGACAUCGCCCGGGAGGAGGGCCUGGUCCGGGGCCUCUACAAGGGGCUGAGCAUGAACUGGGUCAAGGGCCCCAUCGCCGUGGGCAUCAGCUUCAUGACUUUCGACCUCACCCAGAUCCUGCUCCGGAGGUGGGAAGGGGCCGUCCAUGUGGAGAGGUAGGGGCCGGGUGACGUUGAGGGAUAGACCGCCUGGAAUCCCACCCAGAAACUCCAUAUGGACACCUGUCAGGAAGUCCCAUCGGAAAUCCUUUAUGGAAGCCCAUCAGGAGGUCCUUCUGGAAGUCUAUCUGGAAGUCCUGUAUGGAAACCUAUCUGGAGGUCCUCCUGGAAACCCCGUAUGGACACCUAUCUGGAAGUCCCAUCAGAAAUCCUUUAUGGAAGCCUAUCAAGAGGUCCUUCUGGAAGGCUAUCAAGAGGUCCUUCUGGAAGUCUAUCUGGAAGUCCUCCUGGAAACCCUGUAUGGACACCUAUCUGGAAGUACCAUCAGAAAUCCUUUAUGGAAGCCCAUCAGGAGGUCCUUCUGGAAGUCUAUCUGGAAGUCCUCCUAGAAACCCCGUAUGGAGACCUAUCUGGAAGUCCCAUCAGAAAUCCUUUAUGGAAGCCCAUCAAGAAGUCCUUCUGGAAGUCUAUCUGGAAGUCCUCCUAGAAACCCUGUAUGGACACCUAUCUGGAAGUCCCAUCAGAAAUCCUUUAUGGAAGCCUAUCAAGAGGUCCUUCUGGAAGUCUAUCUGGAAGUCCUCCUAGAAACCCCGUAUGGAGACCUAUCUAGAAGUCCCAUCAGAAAUCCUUUAUGGAAGCCCAUCAAGAAGUCCUUCUGGAAGUCUAUCUGGAAGUCCUCCUGGAAACCCUGUAUGGACACCUAUCUGAAAGUCCCAUCAGAAAUCCUUUAUGGAAGCCUAUCAAGAGGUCCUUCUGGAAGUCUAUCUGGAAGUCCUCCUGGAAACCCUGUAUGGACACCUAUCUGAAAGUCCCAUCAGAAAUCCUUUAUGGAAGCCUAUCAAGAGGUCCUUCUGGAAGUCUAUCUAGAAAUCCUCCUGGAAACCCUGUAUGGACACCUAUCUGGAAGUCCCAUCAGAAAUCCUUUAUGGAAGCCUAUCAGGAGGUCCUUCUGGAAGUCUAUCUGGAAGUCCUGUAUGGAAACCUAUCUGGAGGUCCUCCUGGAAACCCCGUAUGGACACCUAUCUGGAAGUCCCAUCAGAAAUCCUUUAUGGAAGCCUAUCAAGAGGUCCUUCUGGAAGUCUAUCUGGAAGUCCUGUAUGGAAACCUAUCUAGAGGUCCUCCUGGAAACCCCGUAUGGACACCUAUCUGGAAGUCCCAUCAGAAAUCCUUUAUGGAAGGCUAUCAAGAGGUCCUUCUGGGAUUCUUUAUGGAAGUCCUGUAUGGAAACCUAUCUAGAAGCCUCAUCUGGAGGUCCUUCCAGAAAACCCAUAAGGAUACCUAUCUGGAAGUCCCAUCAGAAAUCAUAUAUGGGAAAACCAUCCAGUAGUCUCAUUGGGAGGUCCUUCUUGAAAUCCCAUAAAGACAUCUAGUUGCAAGUCCUAUCAGAAAUCAUGUUUAGAAGCUGGUCUAGAAGUCAAGUCGGGAGGUCCUUCUGGAAGUCUAUCUGGAGGUCUUGUAUGGAAACCUAUCUGGAGGUCCUCCUGGAAACCCCAUAUGGAUAUGUAUCUGGUAGUCCCAUCAGAAAACAUCUAUGGAAACCCAAUCGGAAGUCUCAUUGAGACGUCCUUCUGGAAGCCUGUCCAGAAGUCCUAUAUGAUAACCCAUCUGGAAGUCACAUCUGGAGGUCCUUCUGGAAACCUAUCUGGAAGUCCUUUAUGGAAACCUGUCUGGAAGCCUUGUCCAGAGGUCCUUCAAGAAACCCCAUAUGGACACUUGUCUGGAAAUCCCAUCGUAAAUCAUGUAUGGAAACCCAUCCAGACGUCCUGUAUGGAAGCCCACCUAGAAGUCUCAUCCAGAGGUUCUUCUGGAAACCCUAUAUGGACACCUAUCUGGAAGUCCAGUCAGAAAUCAUGUAGGAAAACCCAUAUGGAUUAUUAUUAUUACUAUUGAAUUACAGCAGAUGUUGGAAUAGGUCAAGCUGAGACUGGUUGGCCAUCUGUCGGGAGGGCUUUGAUUGUGUCUUCCUGCCUAGCAGAAUGAGGUCAGACUGGAUGGCGUUGGAGGUCCCUUCCAACUUUAGCUAUCCUCUGGGAGUUCAAAUAAAAUACGAGUAUGGAGAAUGAUGGGAGUACAAGUGAAUAAACAAUGUGAGGAUGAUGGGAGUUCAAGUUGGAAAAAUAAUGUGGAGAUGAUGGAAGUUUGAAUGGAAAAAUAACGUGGGGAUGAUGGGAAUCUGAAUGGAAAAAUAAUGUGGAGAUGAUGGGAGUUUGAAUGGAAAAAUAACAUGGGGAUGAUGGGAAUCUGAAUGGAAAAAUAAUGUGGAGAUGAUGGGAGUUUGAGUGGAAAAAUAAUGUGGGGAUGAUGGGAGUUUAAGUGGAAAAAUAAUGUGGGAAUGAUGGGAGUUUAAGUGAAAAAUAAUGUGGAGAUGAUGGGAGUUUGAAUGGAAAAAUAGUGUGGGGAUGAUGGGAGUUUAAGUGGAAAAAUAAAGUGAUGAUGGGAGUUUGAACUGAAAAAUAGUGUGAGGAUGAUGGGAGUUUGAAUGGAAAAAUAAUGUGGGGAUGAUGGGAGUUUAAGUGGAAAAAUAAUGUGGAGAUGAUGGGAGUUUGAAUGGAAAAAUAAUGUGGGGAUGAUGGGAGUUUAAGUGGAAAAAUAAUGUGGAGAUGAUGGGAGUUUGAGUGGAAAAAUAAUGUGGGGAUGAUGGGAGUUUAAGUGGAAAAAUAAUGUGGAGAUGAUGGGAGUUUAAGUGGAAAAAUAAUGUGGGGAUGAUGGGAGUUUGAAUGGGAAAAUAAUGUGGGGAUGAUGGGAGUCUGAAUGGGAAAAUAAUGUGGAGAUGAUGGGAGUUUGAAUGGAAAACGAUACAGAGGAUGAUGGGAGUUCGAAUGGACAACUAUACAGGGGAUGAUGGGAAUUCAAAUUAAAUAGUAUAAGGAGCCUAGAGUUCAAAUAAGAAACUAUUAUCGGGAUGACGGAAGCUAGUCUAGGGGAUGAUGGGAGUUGAAGUAAGAACAAACCUAGCAUUGGGGACGAUGGGAGGUUUCCCGAGCCUCGUUUUUCUCAGAUUUGCACAUUUUCAUGUUUCUCCCAGACAUGAAACCAUGGGACAAUUUUCUAGACUUUUUCAGAAACCAAUGCUGCAUUGCCGAUCCCACGAGAAAACUAUAUUUCCUGGCGUUUAUCUUGCUUUGAUUACGGCAAACGGUCCUCUUUUGUUGUUGUUGUUGUUUUAUAUGAAUGUUUAAAGCGGCCCGAAUAAUUGUAAACAUCUGUGCCAAGAGUGGAAGUAUAUUUAAUAAUAAAAAGAAAUUUGCUUUAUCCAA